AUGCCCAGGUGGCCGCGCCUCCAACUCCUCGAAAUCGGCGACCAAACCUGGUGCCCAGGCUGGCUGCACCAACACGAGCAGUUCACGCUGACGCAGCUCUGGAACCUGCGCAUCCCGGGCUGGAGCCACGGCAGCCUGGCGACGCAAGCCUGCGAGGUCUUCCGGAAGUAUCUGCCGGAUCUGACCUCGUACACGGUAGUCGACCUCUGCGCCGGCGCAGGCGGCCCCACGCCCGUCCUCGAGCGCGAACUCAACCAGACCCUCGCGAAGCACGGCAAGCGCCCCGUCACAUUCCUGCUGACGGACCUCUACCCGCACCUCGACGCCUGGCAACGCAUCAACAAGAAGCAGCCCAGCGUCUCGUAUCUCGCAGAGCCCGUCGACGCACGCAGCCACCGCCGGUAUGCCGACGCCGAGCGCAAGGAGUGUCGCAUCUUCAACAUCUGUUUCCAUCACUUUGAUGACGAGGAUGCAAGGGGGAUCCUGCGGAGUGCCGUUCGGUCGGCGGAUGCGUUUGUGAUCUUCGAAAUCACCGCCCGCGAUCUGCGGACUUGUCUGUGCUCCCCGCUGGUGUUCUUCUUCACGUACCUGGUCACCCUGCGCUGGUAUUGGUGGUCGCCGUUGCAUCUGUUCUUCACGUAUGUGUUGCCGGUGGCGCCGUUGAGUCUGUGGCUGGAUGGGUUGGUUUCGUGCCUUCGCACGCGGACUCCUCUGGAGGUGAAGGCGUUGCUGCAGCAGGACGGGCUGGAUCUUAGUGGGUGGGAGUUCAAGAGUGGCAAGCGCACGGUGCAGUGGCCUUUUAUCACGUUGCAUUACUUUGUUGGGGUGAAAAGCCUAGGCGGCCUCGCCUGCGCCAUCGCCAGCGCGCAACAAGGCCUGCACGUCGUCCUCCUAGAAAAGUCCCCCGACCUGCACGAAGCCGGCGCGGGAAUCCAGAUCCCGCCUAACGGGACACGCGUCAUGCGCGAGCUGGGCAUCCUCCCCGCGCUCCUGCAGCACGCUAGCGUAGUUCAACACGUCGACUUCCGGCGUUACGACUCCGGACGGCUCCUCCGGUCGAUGCCGUUUGGCGAGGGUAUUGUCCGGGAGUUCGGGGCGCCGUGGUUGAUUGUGCAUCGGGUGGAUUAUCAUCGGGUUUUGUAUGAGGAGGCGGUGCGGUGUGGGGUUGAGGUUCGGUUCGGGGUUGAGGUUCUGGCGGUUGAGGGGGCGGGGGAGGGGGUAGAGCUGGGGCUGAGGGGUGGGGAGCGGAUCAGUGGGGAUUUGCUUGUUGGGGCUGAUGGGCUUUGGUCGCAGGUGCGUGGGUGGGUGGUCGGCGAGGGGAUCGCGCCCCGCGAAACCGGCGAUUUGGCGUACCGGGCGGUUAUCCCCGCGACACAGCUGCAGGCGCUCCGGGAGAGCGAUGCGAAGGUUGAUGAGUUGUGUCGCAAGGUCGCUGUUACCAGUUAUUUGGGGCCGGAGAAGCAUACCAUUUUUUAUCCUGUGCGUGGCGGGAGAGAGUAUAAUCUUGUGCUACUGCGGCCGGAUAAUCUUCCCGCUGGGGCCAGGAAGGAGGAGGCUGGUGUGCGGGAGAUGCGCGAGAGUUAUGCGGGUUGGGAUUCGACGUUGGAGAAGUUGCUAUCUCAAGUGACUACCGUCUACAAGUGGAAGCUGACCGAGCUCCCUGAGCUGCCUACGUGGACGAAGGGUCGAGUGACUCUUCUCGGGGAUGCCUGUCACCCUACCCUGCCCUAUCAAGCCCAGGGCGCGGCAAUGGCCGUCGAGGACGGAGCCGUGCUCGGCCGGCUCCUCGGUCUUUUGCAAAGCCAUCUGUCGCAGUUAGACCUGGAAACUCGGGAGAAAGCUGCUGCUGACAGCAUUUCACCUGUGUUGAAGCUGUACGAAAGCCUUCGCAGAGGACCCACUACGCGCAAGGUUCGGGCGGCACGCAUCAAUCGGUCCCUGCUCCAUAUUCCAGACGGAAUUCUUCAAAGGGUGCGAGACUUCGGUCUUGGCUACGCCGGGGUCACCUAUGAGAGCGACUGGACGUGGGCCUUUUCUUACAUGAUGAGACAGACGUUGGGUCCGGAUGUAAUCCGGGACUGUGAGAUUGCAUUCGAGGAGUGGGUGCGCGCGUCGGGUGGUGUCGGGCGUUAG